CGGCUGAGGCUGGGGGCGGCGGCGGCGGCGCGAGCGGCGGGCGGCGCGGGGCGGUCCGGCGGGUUCAAAGAGGAAAACAUGGCGGAAAACAAAGGCGGCGGUGAGGCAGAGAGCGGCGGCGGGGGCAGCGGCAGCGCGCCGGUAACCGCCGGGGCCGCCGGGCCCGCGGCGCAGGAGGCGGAGCCGCCUCUCGCCGCGGUGCUGGUGGAGGAGGAGGAGGAGGAAAGCGGCAGGGCUGGCGCGGAGGGCGGUGCGGCUGGGCCCGACGACGGGGGGGUGACCGCGGCCUCCUCAGGCUCGGCCCCGGCCGCCCCGGUCCCCGCGGCCUCAGUGGGCUCCACGGUUCCUGGGGGCGCGGCAUCGACGCCGGCCCCGGCUGCAGCGUCGGCCCCGGCCCCGGCCCCGGCCCCGGCCCCGGGUCCCUCGUCGGGGCCGCCUCUCGGGCCACCAGCCUCGCUCCUGGACACCUGCGCCGUGUGUCAGCAGAGCUUGCAGAGCCGGCGUGAGGCGGAGCCCAAGCUGCUCCCCUGCCUGCACUCCUUCUGCCUGCGCUGUCUGCCGGAGCCCGAGCGCCAGCUCAGCGUGCCCAUCCCCGGGGGCAGCAACGGCGACGUCCAGCAAGUUGGUGUAAUACGGUGUCCAGUAUGCCGUCAAGAAUGCAGACAGAUAGAUCUUGUGGAUAAUUAUUUUGUGAAAGACACAUCUGAAGCUCCUAGCAGUUCUGAUGAGAAGUCAGAACAGGUUUGUACUAGUUGUGAAGACAAUGCAAGUGCAGUUGGUUUUUGUGUAGAAUGUGGAGAGUGGCUAUGUAAGACAUGCAUUGAAGCACAUCAAAGAGUAAAAUUCACUAAAGAUCAUCUAAUCAGGAAAAAAGAAGAUGUCUCAGAGUCUGUUGGAGCAUCUGGUCAGCGCCCUGUGUUUUGUCCUGUACAUAAACAAGAACAGUUGAAACUGUUCUGUGAAACAUGUGAUAGACUGACAUGUAGAGACUGUCAGUUAUUGGAGCACAAAGAACAUAGGUAUCAGUUUUUGGAAGAAGCUUUUCAAAAUCAGAAAGGUGCAAUUGAAAAUCUGUUGGCUAAGCUUCUUGAAAAGAAGAAUUAUGUUCAUUUUGCAGCUACACAAGUGCAGAAUAGGAUUAAAGAAGUGAAUGAGACUAACAAACGAGUAGAACAGGAAAUUAAAGUGGCCAUUUUCACCCUUAUCAAUGAAAUUAAUAAGAAAGGAAAAUCUCUCUUACAGCAGCUAGAGAAUGUUACAAAGGAAAGACAAAUGAAGCUACUGCAGCAGCAGAAUGAUAUCACAGGCCUCUCCCGGCAGGUGAAGCAUGUCAUGAACUUUACAAACUGGGCCAUUGCCAGUGGCAGCAGCACGGCACUACUGUAUAGCAAGCGGCUGAUUACUUUUCAGUUACGUCAUAUUUUGAAAGCACGAUGUGAUCCUGUUCCUGCUGCCAAUGGAGCAAUCCGUUUCCAUUGUGAUCCCACCUUUUGGGCCAAAAAUGUAGUGAAUUUAGGUAAUCUAGUAAUAGAGAGUAAGCCAGCUCCUGGUUAUACUCCUAAUGUUGUAGUUGGGCAAGUUCCUCCAGGUACAAACCACAUUAGUAAAACCCCUGGACAGAUUAACUUAGCACAGCUUCGACUCCAGCACAUGCAGCAACAAGUGUAUGCACAAAAACAUCAGCAGUUACAACAGAUGAGAAUGCAGCAACCUCCAGCUCCUGUACCAACAACAACAACAACAACGCAGCAGCAUCCUAGGCAGACAGCCCCACAGAUGUUACAACAACAGCCUCCAAGAUUGAUCAGUGUGCAGACAAUGCAAAGAGGCAACAUGAACUGUGGAGCAUUUCAAGCCCAUCAGAUGAGACUGGCUCAAAAUGCUGCCAGAAUACCAGGGAUCCCCAGGCACAGCGGCCCUCAGUAUUCCAUGAUGCAGCCACACCUCCAAAGACAACACUCAAACCCAGGGCACGCUGGACCCUUUCCUGUUGUAUCAGCACACAACCCAAUCAACCCAACAAGCCCUACCACAGCAACUAUGGCAAAUGCAAAUCGAGGUCCCACCAGCCCAUCUGUUACAGCAAUAGAACUAAUUCCCUCAGUCACCAAUCCAGAAAACCUUCCAUCGUUGCCAGAUAUCCCACCUAUACAGUUGGAAGACGCUGGCUCAAGUAGUUUAGAUAAUCUGCUGAGUAGAUAUAUCUCAGGCAGUCAUCUACCCCCACAGCCGACAAGUACCAUGAAUCCUUCCCCAGGACCCUCUGCGCUAUCACCUGGAUCUUCAGGCUUAUCCAAUUCUCACACACCUGUGAGACCCCCCAGUACAUCUAGCACUGGCAGUAGAGGCAGCUGUGGGUCAUCAGGAAGAACUACCGAGAAAAGUCAUAGUUUCAAAUCUGACCAGGUGAAGGUCAAGCAAGAACCUGGGACUGAGGAAGAGAUAUGCAGCUUUUCAGGAGCUGUAAAACAAGAGAAAACAGAGGAUGGCAGGAGGAGUGCCUGCAUGUUGAGCAGUCCUGAGAGUAGUUUGACACCGCCUCUUUCAACUAACCUCCACCUAGAGAGUGAGCUGGAUACGUUAACAGGCCUGGAGAACCACGUGAAAACUGAACCCACAGAUAUGAAUGAAAGCUGCAAACAGUCAGGACUCAGUAGCCUGGUUAAUGGGAAGUCUCCAGUUCGAAACCUCAUGCACAGGUCAGCAAGGAUUGGAGGAGAUGGCAAUAGCAAAGAUGACGACCCAAAUGAAGACUGGUGUGCUGUCUGCCAGAAUGGAGGGGAUCUUUUAUGCUGUGAAAAAUGUCCAAAGGUCUUUCAUCUUACUUGUCAUGUUCCAACACUUCUCAGCUUUCCAAGUGGAGACUGGAUAUGCACAUUUUGCAGAGAUAUUGGGAAGCCAGAAGUUGAAUACGAUUGUGAUAAUAUGCAACACAGUAAGAAGGGGAAAACUGCACAGGGCUUAAGCCCUGUGGACCAAAGGAAAUGUGAACGUCUCCUGCUUUACCUCUAUUGCCAUGAAUUAAGUAUUGAAUUCCAGGAGCCUGUUCCUGUUUCGAUACCGAACUACUAUAAAAUUAUAAAGAAACCAAUGGAUUUAUCAACGGUGAAAAAGAAGCUUCAGAAAAAACAUUCCCAGCAUUACCAAAUUCCAGAUGAUUUUGUGGCUGAUGUCCGUUUGAUCUUCAAGAACUGUGAAAGGUUUAAUGAAAUGAUGAAAGUUGUUCAAGUUUAUGCAGACACACAAGAGAUUAAUUUGAAGGCUGAUUCAGAAGUAGCUCAGGCAGGGAAAGCAGUUGCAUUGUACUUUGAAGAUAAACUCUCAGAGAUCUACUCAGACAGGACCUUCGCUCCUUUGCCAGAGUUUGAGCAGGAAGAGGAUGAUGGUGACGUAACGGAAGACUCUGAUGAAGACUUUAUACAGCCUCGCAGAAAGCGCCUAAAGUCAGAUGAGAGACCGGUGCAUAUAAAGUAAAAUGACGUGGACUUAAAUUAGUCGUUUUUUAAAAGAAAGAAAUAACAGAAGAAGGAAACAAAACAAAAUGCCCUUUUAUUUAAGUGUUACUGGAAUAUCCUGUGUACAGUGGGUACCUCCUUAAGAAGCUGGUAGCUUUCAUACAGUAUUAGAUUGAAAUAAUGGACACAGACAACAUUCUUGUCAUGAAAUGGGGAGAGAAUGCUGUAACUUUACGAACAAAGUCAGAAGUGAUGAGAGUGAGGACUUGUUACAAAUGAAGAUGGUUUUCUAACUGUUCGAAUGAUCAUGUGCGUUAAUUGGUGCAGGAUACUGAGUCAAGCCUACGAGGCUUAUGUUGCAUCAUGUGUCUCUGCUAGAGCACACAGUUACUCAAACAACUACACAGACACAAAUGGGUUGUUUUCUGGUUAAAAAUCGAGAAGGUCAGAUUCCACUUGAAUGGCACUAAAGAUGCAUUGAAUCAUGCCACUGUAUUUUCCCUCAUUUGGAUCUAUUGGGCCUUAGUUUUUAAAUUGGUUUAAAGAACCCAACGGUAGUUUUAUUUUCUACUUAGAUGUAGGGUCUAAGAACAUAACCAUUGAUCAUCUUGUCAACUUCAGUGGUGUACUGAAAUGAAUAUGAUAACUUUAGUAGUGGAUCAUACAGAUUUAUGGAUGUCAUUUCCAGAAAAUCCUUCUAAACAAUUACACGUACUGGUCAAAUCAUCCGAUCAUACAGUUACUCCCUCCAAAGGCAGAACAUUUAUUUCAGAAUUUUCUGUCCAUGUAAGUUAGAUUGAGAAGGUGACAACUGAGUCUCGCCCAGUCUCUCUUUGUACCAGUCUCCAGUAGACCACUAUUGGUAAACAGAAACCUGUCAGCUACCAAAUGUGUACAAUUUUCUGUAUUUCACUCUGUCUUAUUUGUAAAUAGUGAGCUCAGACUUCUGGCAGAUCAGCAACAUUUGCUGAGCCUGUUUUUUAAGCUAAUGUGUAUUCUUACUAAUGUUCCUAUCAAGAAUGGAUUUGUAAUAUAUGCUGUCUAUUUCUAAUGUUCACAUUCAUAUUUUGAGGUUCUAUCUUAUUUUAAUAGAGAACAGACUUCUCAAAAAAAUCUUCAGAAGCAGCUUAUUAUUGAAAUAUCAAAAUAUUGAAAUAAACCCGGUGGGGUUAGAUUACUCAUCUGUCCACCAAGUGGGACAUGUGCAUGGACUGGGGGCUUUAAAUGACUUCGAAGAGACCUGUAAGUAAAUCCUGAAAACGAGCCAAUCCCCACUUGAAUGGUAAUUGGAAUAAACCCAGCUUGAUUUACUACCUGAGGACAGGAGUAGUGCCUGAAGCAGAUAGACCGUCUUGAUCUGGUGUAUUUCCGCCUCUUCGUUGUGAUGCUCAAGUUCAGUGUGCUCUAGACUGUGUGCACAUCUCCGCUGGAUUAAAAGUUGCAGUCCUACUUUCGUAUGGACACAGUAGAGUUACAAAGUGACCAAAGUAGAAUCAACAUCAGAAACGUUUCAGGUGUCAGCAGAUGUGUGGCAGAUCAUUUGCCUCUUAAAAAAAUCAGUUUAAGCAGUUCAGACUGUAGACUUCCUCAGAAAACUAUUUGACGUAAUUGUCGAAGAAGUGAAUAUUUUUAGUGUGCAUUGAAUCAAAUAAAGUGCUCUAAAGAAAUUAC